AUAGAACGCUUUCAAGGAAAAAGACUUUUUGAAAUAGGAUGCGGUCCGACAGUUCACAGAAUAGCACCCGCGAGUCGUGUUUUUUCUGAAAUCAUUCAAUGCGAAUUUUCCGAACAUAAUCGCGAGAUUGUUCAAAAAUGGCUGAAAAACGAUCCAACUGCGCAAGAUUGGGGUCGUCUCAUCAGAAUUACAGCUAGACAAGAAGAAUACGGAGAUUUAGAUCAAGGGAUAAGAGAAAUAGAAAACAGAAUAAGAGGAAAAGUCAAGAAGAUCGUUCCCUGUGAUGUAUUACAAAAGAAGGUGAUUCAGGAAGAUAUUGGAAAGUGCGAUGUGAUUUUUACAUCUUGUUGUUUGGAAGGUGCAUGCCCUACUCCCGAGGCUUAUAAAUCAGCCGUUAAUAAGUUAGGAAAAUACGUAGUGCCAGGAGGAGGGUUAAUUAUGGUUGUUAUAUUAGAUAUGCCUUACUUUUGCAUGAAAAGUCCCGAGAAGAAGUAUAAAUGGGAUGUCUUGCCUGUCAGUCAAAAGUUGGUGAAUGAAGCAUUGAAAGAAGCAGGAUUUACGAAGAAACAUUGGUAUUUUAUGGAAAACAACGAAGAAUCUGAAGGAGGAGAAUUUUCGGGAGUGGUGGUCGUCUCAGCUCUUAAAAAUUAAUUUAAAUAAAUAAAUUUGCAAAUAUAUCAUCUUAUAUAAAUUUGAAAGAAAUUUCUUAACGUGAAAAUUUAGAAGUAAUACCUAA